UAGCACUGAAUUGUUCUAGUUUCCCUUGACAAUUCAUACUGACAGUCAACAGGGAAUCAUUGGGUGAUGAUGCAGUGGAUAAUACCGACAUUUUUCUCCGUGGUGUUUGGGUUUCUGGUGAUUAGUAUGGAAGGAACUGAAAAUGAACUUCUUCCGGACACAGUUACCUUCAAAGCCGAUGGGAGGAUUGUGAACGGAAGUAAAGCUAUUUGCGCCCAAUUCCCGCACAUGGUGUCGUUGAGAAGACGAUGGACCUCCAGCCAUUUCUGCGGAGGCAGCAUAAUCGGUCAAAAGUGGAUUCUCACCGCGGGUCACUGCAUGUUCCGAAACAAUGAGGUGAUGGGGCCUUCAACAUUCUACGUUGUUGUUGGGGGGGUGAAUCUGGAUGACAAAGAAGUUGCCCCUCGGCAAGUGAGGUAUAUCGAUCAACUAUUCGUCCAUCCGGCAUACGACGGGACCUAUCUGGUGAACGACGCCGCAUUGCUAUUGCUGCAGGAACCACUUGUAUUGACAACUCCAUACGUUCAAGCAAUUCCCUUGGCGAAAAUUACGCCGGAAAAUGGAACCGAGUGUAUUGUUUCUGGCUGGGGUUAUUUGAAAGAAGAUGACCCAGUUGUCAGCAAGGAUCUGAUGUACGUCAAUCUGCCGCUUCUGUCGCGACCCACUUGUAAGACGCUGUUGAAGAGAGUAACAAAAAUGACGGACGGACAAAUUUGCGCGGGAUACAUAGAUGGGCUCAGAGACGCCUGCCAGGGAGAUUCCGGAGGUCCUCUGAUAUGUAACGGCAACCUCACCGGCAUUGUGUCCGGCGGUCGAGGGUGUGCGCGCCCCGAUCUUCCAGGAUUCUACACAGAAGUAGCUCAUUACAGGGACUGGAUCGACAAGAUUCAAUCAUCCGGAGGUUCUUGCUGCAUGUGUGCUUGCGAUAGAAAAAACAGCAGGUCCAGCGCUACGGCUGCCUCUACGUCACUAACGUCAGCAAUCGUGAUCUUUCUGUCGAUUUAUUAAAAACUGCAUUUGGU